AUGCCGACCUAUCUGUGUCACGGCUUCCGCUGGAAACGCCGUAGCAUACGCGUCUACGUCGUUGUCCAGAACCUCGACGACGCCGCGCCGGAAUGGGUCGUCAAACGAGGCUCCCCACGGAGCCUUAUCGAGUCCUUUUACAACCUUUUUGAUUUUCUUCCCGAAUGCACCUUUCCGCCAACACGUCGCAGCAGCUUCGCCCCUCGCUCAUACUCGCUGUCCCACUCCCUGGACCGCAGCAGUAUCGCCGACGAUGACGACGACGCCGCCAGCCACUACACGGCUCGCUCGGCCAGGGGCAGGAGCACGAGCCGGAGCCGCACCGUCGUGGCCCAGCAGUCGCAAUCCCAAGAGGCGCCUGCUGCGCCAGCCUCGUGCAGGGAAAGCAGCAACAGCAGCAGGAAAAGGAGCAAAUCCGAGAUCAGCCGCAAGCCCCUACCGCCGACUACCCACGCUCCAAACGUCUACCAGGCACAACAGGCACACCAGGCACCACCGUCUCCGCCGUCAUCCCAGCCUCAGUUUCCGUCCCACAUGAGCGAGGGUAGCACGGCCGACCCGGUUCUGGCGCAGGACUGGUCGCCAGUCAAGGUCCUGGAGGAGCAUGACCCGAACAACCUCGACGAGGUCUCGCGGCCCUAUGCCUAUGUCGCCGACUACGUCCAGCGCAUCGAUGCGUCCUGCAGCAUCGUCGAGGAGAUUGCAAAGUAUGAGCACAUGGUGCGCGCAAGCAAGGAGCCCGCCGUCACCGGCCCCAGCUCGGACGAGACCCUGAACGGGAAACGGGACACGGCGACGCUGGGCGGUCUCGCCGGCUGGUUCGAGCAGCUGAGGGACCAGCUGCAGAGGGGUGAGGAGAUCAGGUGGUAUGUGGUCGUCAACGGCGAUGAGGAAAGGGAGUGGCCGGUGGACGGAAGUUUGUCGAGGCCCGACACGAGGGCACAGAUGGCCCACCAUGCGCAGUAUACACACCAACAACUAAUCUUCGAGGGCCGGGACCGGGAUCUCGAGGUGCGCAGGGAGCAGCUCAGGAGAGAACUUGGGUACGAUCAAGGCGGAAUCGAUAGGUUGGCGGACAGGAGGAUGGAGAGGAGACCGCCGGUAGUCCCUGAAAAGGAUCUGCCACCUUUACGGAUCGAUAUGCCAAUGCAUCCUGCCGGGCCUUCGCGCCCAAAGACGCCAAAGACACCUGGGAAGGGAGGGUUUCGCAAGCUAUUCGGGAGGUCAAAGUCUGGGGAUCAGACACCGUGA